UUUUUUUCGGACAGGCGCACACCGUGAGGGGGGAUGUUAAAGUCUGUUUGUCUUUGUGAAUCACCGCACCCUUGAAAACUAGACGAUUACUAAUUCAGCACUGACUGUAUAAUUGGACAGAAAGGGGAACACCAACGCAUUCUGCCUCUAUAUAAAAGUGAAGAUCACUGCAGGUGAAAAACCAGAGGGUCUCUAGAUGACUGUGAUGACUCCAGCGAACAACUGAGAUGGCCACAUAUCUGUCCUUACUGCUGCUCUUUGCAUGUGCCUCCACAAGCUCUUCAAAUCCAAAUAGCUGUGAGGGUCGUUGUGGAGAAGGGUACUACAGAGGAAGCUUCUGCCAGUGUGACUAUGAGUGUCUGGGCCUGAAUGAGUGCUGUACAGACUUUCAAAACUUGUGUACUACAAAGGACUCAUGCAAAGGACGCUGCGGGGAGCCUUUUAAUAGAGGCAAUCCAUGUCACUGUGAUAUCGACUGUGUCCCAUACAGUCAGUGCUGCCCUGAUUAUGAGGGCAUGUGCUUGAUGGAAGAUACUGCCUUAAAGUCAAGAAACACUGACACCGCAGCUCAAAGGACUGCUAACUUAUGCCUAAACAUAAAGAAUAAAAAAUCUACAGAAUCCUCCAAUGAGGAGAUGACCAAUGAGGAAGGGAUUGGAGACGAGUUAAUGAUCCCUGAGGAUGAAAGUGAGUCCACACCUUCUGAGGGCCCUGAUGCAGAUGCAAGCAGCAUGCUCCAUGCUGAUGAGAACCCUAUAGAGUCUACCACUCAACAGCCAUCUGAGAUGACAACUUCCAGCACACCACAGCCACAAGAGACUGCAAGCACAGCACCAACAGAAGGCCCAACAAGCACAGCACCAACAAAAGAUCCUACAAGUGCGGCACCAACAGAAGGUCCUACAAGCAUGCUACCAACAGAAGGUCCAACAAGCACCGCACCAACAGAAGGUCCAACAAGCACAGCACCAACAGAAGGUCCAACAAGCACAGCACCAACAGAAGGUCCAACAAGCACAGCACCAACAGAAGGUCCAACAAGCACAGCACCACCAGAAGGUCCAACAAGCACCGCACCAACAGAAAGUCAAACAAGCACAGCACCAACAGAAGGUCCAACAAGCACGGCACCAACAGAAGGUCCUACAAGCACAGCACCAACAGAAGGUCCAACAAGCACAGCACCAACAGAAGGUCCAACAAGCACCGCACCAACAGAAAGUCAAACAAGCACAGCACCAACAGAAGGUCCAACAAGCACGGCACCAACAGAAGGUCCAACAAGCACAGCACCAACAGAAAGUCCUACAAGCACAGCACCAACAGAAGGUCCAACAAGCACAGCACCAACAGAAGGUCCAACAAGCACCGCACCAACAGAAAGUCAAACAAGCACAGCACCAACAGAAGGUCCAACAAGCACGGCACCAACAGAAGGUCCAACAAGCACAGCACCAACAGAAAGUCAAACAAGCACAGCACCAACAGAAGGUCCUACAAGCGCGGCACCAACAGAUGGUUCAACAAGGGCAGCACCAACAGAAGGUCCUACAAUCGCAAUACCAUCAAAUGGUCCAGCAAGCGCAGUACCAAAGGGAUAUUCUGUCACUGAAAUGACUAUGAUGUCACUGGGUGAAGAUCCAAAGGAAUCAUCAUCUCUCAAGGAUUCUAGAGCUACCUCAGUCCCAAAGACAACAUCUACUCCUGCUCCAGUGAAACCAACAAAAAGAACCAUUCAGCCUAGUACACACAAGAAUGACAAAUCAGAUGGUAUUAAAGAUUAUCAAGCUGAUGAUUAUGACACUAACCUCUGCAGUGGGCGUCCAGUCAGUGGUCUGACUACACUGAGAAAUGGUACCAUUGUGGUGUUCAGAGGACAUUAUUUUUGGACACUAGACAAAUACAGAAAUCCUGAUCCUCCUCAGUUAAUUACAAGGGUGUGGGGAAUCCCGUCUCCCAUUGACACCGUUUACACCCGCUGCAACUGCCUGGGCAAAACCUACUUCUUCAAGGGAAAGGACUACUGGAGGUUUGACAACGGUAUGAUGGAUCAUGGCUUUCCCAAACCUGUCAGCCAGGGCUUCGGACAGAUUGGUCGUGUCACAGCUGCUUUAUCUAUACCCGAGUACAGAAGCAGAAAAGAGUCUGUAAUCUUCUUCAAAAGAGGUGGAUUGGCUCAAAAGUACACAUACCAGGUUACUCCAAAAUGUGGGAAAAGAAUUCCUGUGUACCCAGCGAGGACGAGAGCCAGACGACAAGCCGCUGCAGCUCUGGGGCAAAUGAUCAAUAUCUCGAAGAACUGGAAAGGAUUCCCAACCAGGGUGACCUCAGCCGUGUCCGUACCCUCUAGGGUGAAAGAGGGGUACAAGUAUUAUGUAUUCUCUCAAAGAAAGUAUUACAGCAUAAAAAUGGAAAGAGAAAAACCAGUGAUCUUAAAACCUGCUACAGGUCCAAAGGAAAACUCAGCAAGCAGCUUCUUCAAAUGCCAAGAAACUCAGAAAAACUGAGUCAUUCAUCUCUUUAACUAUACCAUAAACAGUGAAUUUAGA